GUGGGGCGGGGUCAAAGAGGCUCAGUCUGGGAGAUUAUCAUUGUACCCCCUGACACACAUACACACAACAAUUCAGGCUGAUUUGGACCACCGCUGAGGUUUUAAACACGGAACGAAGGGCUUUAAAGCGUCGGAGCAUCCCGGUCGUGCCGUCAGUCGCCGCGGAAACCGGAACUGGCUCUGCAUCGGGAGACGCGGAUGCGGCGAGGUGGACCCAACGCUUGCGUCUGUGGAGGAUGGAGGGCGACUGGGACCGUCUGAGAGGAUCCAGAGGAGGCGCCAGGGGGACGGAGAGAGUGUGCUCUCGCGAGGAGAGGAAGAGGAGGAAGUCGGCCAAACUGGCCGAGGAGGCUCCGGCGGCCGCGCAGAAGUUCCAUCGCGACUUUUCGUCGUCGGCGUCCAGCGGCUCGCAUGACGGUCGCAGCUCGGCGGCCAGCAACUUGGACGUGGCCGACCGGCUCACCUACCUGGAGCAGAGGAUGCAGAUGCAGGAGGACGAGAUCCACCUGCUGAAGAUGACCCUGGCCGACGUCCUCAAGAGACUCAACCUCUCCGAGGAGCUCCAGGCCGCCGCCGCGUCGGGCAGGAGGACGUCGGGCACUAGAGGGAGGCCCAUCUCGUUGGGUCUGCCCCCGAGAGCACCCAUGGGGUCCUCAGGGGUCAUCUUCAGGAAGAGCUCCACGCUGCCACCUGGAGCUACCUGCAGGAACUACAGCCCGACGCCCCCUCGCUGUGGCGUCAGGAGCCCGGUGGGAAGCGUGAAGGACAGUCCAUGCAAGACCUCUAAAACGCGGCCGUCCUCGUCGGCGUCGUCCUGUACGAGCGCACAAGAAGGCAGAUCCAAGGAGGGACCUGUGAGUUUUGGCACGAGGCGAGUAACGCACAGCAAAGUGACUAUGCAGAUCUAUCUGAGCCCCCUCGCAAGAAAGACUGGGUUUUCUGAGACCGCCGCAACCUCGGCACCGACUGUCCCUGCAGCCGGCGGCAGGGGUGCCAACCUGCAGGCGAGGGGUGCGACUAAAUCUGAUGCGAGGAGGAAGAGCCCCUCAUUCAUGAUGAAUCUCCAGAAGACCGGCACCAAUGUCACCAGUCAGCAGAACACGCAGAAGGAUGCUAACAGCUACAAAAGCCCCCAAAAGUCCUCCAGCCAGUACUUUCAAAUUUGUUACUGACUAGCAAGUAACAACGUCGACAUUUUGUUAUUUUACCUUUUGAUUGUCAUUGCUUUGGACAGCUUUUGGCUUAUUUGUUGUUUUCCCAUAUUCCCGCGAAUAGUAGCCGUCGAGCAAAUAGUGGUAGCUCUAGUAGUGAGCCUUGAGGAACGCCACAGUUACAGAGUUCGUUUAACCUAAGCUUCAAACUCAAAUUUUAAAGAAACAGUGUCUCGUUUGUCACUCUAAUGUGAAACUCUAUCCCAUUUUUGGAGCACAAAGCUCCAAUUCUGGCUUCAAAUCAUGAUUUAUUGCUCCAGAUCUUUUGGAAACGAAAACCGAGCUAUGAAUUCAAUUGGAAUCAGAACCUUAGUUUGAAAUUAAAAACCCAACUUCAAAAACAAGCCCUUGUUACUCAAUUGUUGGGAGGGGAAAACGUCUACCGGGCGGGUGGUGGGGCCUUUAUUUUUAUACAUUUUGAAAUUAUCUAUAUUUUUUGUCACCCAAUAUGGUUCAACAGGAUCAUAUCAUAAUCACUAAAGCCGCAAUUUCCUAAGAGCAGACUUUAGAUUCACCCAUGACAUUGUGUACUUCAUAGGGUGCUGCUGUUUUGGUUAGCAACUGAGUUCCAACGGUGUCAAUUAACCCUUGACAACGACAAUUAUCUCUAGAAUCCAAAGAUUUAUUUUUUUUUUACUUGGAGACGUUUAGAUUUAUGGCCACUUUUUGAUGAAAUAUGGUAUUUUCCCUUAGUAUGGAAUAGGUUUUCUCACAUGCUGUUAUUAUUAUUAUUAUUAUUACCUUCAUAUUGUUAUUGUUUUGGGGGAGUGUGUGUAAUGGCACUGAUUGUGUCUGCUGUUUGUAGCUGUAUUUCCGCAAUGUGCAUUGUGAACACAUACAGUACAGUAUGUACUAGAAUGUAAGAUGUUGUGGAGUGAAACAAUAAAUUAAC